CAGAAUUUGGCUGGGGUGAGUAGAGAGAGACACAAACAAAGUUCGCGAAUGUUACAUUUUUACAGCUUGAAUAGAUGAUUUGAGAAGAUCUGGAGUUGUAAGAGCAGUUGUACCUCUUCAAUGCAUAUGACUACAGAUUUUUGAAUGAUACCUCAGCAUGACUUGCGUCAGCAGACCUGGAUUCGUCUUAAGUGACAGUGAGUCGAGUGAUUCAGAAGAGCUGCCUGUGUUCGAUUUCUCUCAGUCACAAACCAGACAGACCAACUUGGUGGUUUUAGACAGUUCAGACUCAGAAAUGGCUCCUGUUGCAAAUCCAGUUUCAUCUCUGGAGGUCCAAACUUCUGCUGGAGCCACUAAAAGUGAUGUGCUGAUGGUCAGCAGUGCUAGCGAGGAUGAGGAGGAGCCCAUGAUUCCCUUAGCUGUGAGACUCAAACAGAAACAGUGUGGUCUGUCCAUAUCCGCCACCAAUGCAGAACAGAGCCGGGCUUCCAAUGCAGUUUCAAAUGGAUGUUCACGCCUCUUAGAUGUUCCAGCAUAUCAUAUCAACCCUGAGGCCCAGCCAGUUCAACGCAACAAGAUCAGUAGCAAUAUAACAAGGCAUUACAGCUCAAACCAUGAUGCACCAUACCUCACAAAAGAACCUGAAGCAGAGAAUGGCACUUACCUGGCCAAACGCAAGAAAACCCCAGCAGAAGUGGAGGCUGCCAGACAAGAAGCCCUGAGGAAAAGAGCAAUUCGAGAGCACCAACAGGAAGAGAGGGGGAGAUUGAGGAUGGAGAAGAAAGCUCUGGCUGAUGCUGUGAAAGCCCUAAGGCCAGAGGAGUGCAUCAAACACACGGUGGUGACGGUCGACCCUGGUCUGUUGCAGCUGGAAGGUGGCGGCGCUCUCCUGACUUCCCUGCAUGCCAUGGGCUGCAACUGUGCCAUAGAGAAGCAGUCUCUUCCUCGCAGUGUCUGCUGGGCGAGACGCUCGCCCUGCCCUCAGAGUGGUGAGAUGAAGUCUUUUCCAGAGUCAUAUACUAUCAUCCAAGUUCCAGUGGAUGACUUUGUGACCAUGAUUAACAGCUAUUGCAAGAGGCAAAGCAGCAGUGUUUUGACUGAUACUGGGAUAUCACUGACUGCCUGGAUACAAGGACUUAUGAGCAGGAAUCCAGGCAGAUCCCUCAGUCUAGUUGUGAUUGACAUAGAGAAGUACUUCAGAUCCCAGAAUUCAAAAUGUCAGAAGAAAUACCGUGAGGCAGUGCUGGGCGAGGAGAAGAAUGUGGGACUUCAGGGAGGGCAGAAAAAGAGAAGAAAGAAAGACGAUAUCAAUCAGCUUCCUGAGGUCUCGCGAGUGCAGGUGGAGGAGGCUUUGGUAGACCUGCAGUUGCAAACCGGGGUGCAAGUUCGCUUCCUCUCUACCUGGAAAGACUUCACUGAUUAUAUUACCAUGUCAACCAAAGCAGUAGCUGAGGCGCCGUUCAAGCGGGAGCGAGAGAAGACGGGAUUUACGUUUUGUUUGGAGAGUGAGUGGGCUGGAGGUCAGAAGGUAGACCGCACAGGGAAUGGCCUUCUGCAAGUUUGGAAGAGACAAAUACAGCAGUUGAACCGCGUCAGCCUUGAUAUGGCCAGUGCUAUACUCAGUGCCUACCCCUCUCCUCGGCUUCUUGCUCAGGCAUACACACGGUGCAGAUCUGAACAGGAAAAAGUUGGCUUGUUGUCAGACUUACUCAUUCGUCGUGGAGAGGGUGUGACAUCUACAACCCGUAGAGUCGGUCCAGAACUUUCCAAACGAGUCUAUCUUAUGAUGACCUCAAGUGAUGACCAACAACCCCUUGAUUCUGCAUGAUUCUUGAACAGUAUAUAAAGACAAAUGACAAACUAAUUGUUAUAUUUGACUUACAUUUUUGGUGCAAACUCAGUUUGCUUGAGUUAUUGAUAAGCUAUUUUGAUGGACUUCAUUUAAAUAUUCUACAUUGAUUUCUUAUUAUAAAUGGUUUCUAUUAAAUAUGUCUUAAAGUACCUUAAAAACAUUUUACUUCAUCAAAACUAGUUUUCCUCUUUCUCUACCCUCUCUACACUUGACGUGAACCUUGAAACUUUUUCCUUUCCUAGAAUGCUGUUUGAGUUUUUUGUUCGCUUCAUCUUCGUAGCAAAUAACCUUGUUAGACAGAAGUCUUUUCAAACAAUUUCUUUUCACACAUUUGGAGGUUUUUAAGACCCGUAGCUUAAACCGAAGCAGUUUAGUUUAGAAAGAAUUCCUUCUGUGUUAUAUUUACAUGUUUUAGCAGCACCAGACAGGGAAUUGUUAAUUGAAAAAGCAACGGUUUCAGCCUUGGCUUUUUUCCUGUUUAAGGCACUACUGCAAGCCUUUCGGAACCAAAAUGGCCCCUUGAGCACACCAUACUCACUGUCUAAGGACUGUAGAGGCUCAUGGCUCAUUUCCAGCACAUUAGAGAAUGGCACCUGACCAAGGAGUGUCUUGUUGCCUGAAACGAGCAGUGGGGUAACGAGCCGUUAAAUGUGCUUAAGAGAUGAGCUGCAUGCUUCAUCCCAGUCCCUGAAGGCAGUAUUUCCUCUACAGUUUAAGGGAUGGCAUAACAAACUAUGGGCUAGUAGGUGUGUGCUUGUGCCGAGGGGAAUAAAACCGGCAGAAUUACCACCGCUUGAAAAGGGAUCACCUUGGAGUGAUUGUUUACUGAACACUAUGAAAUCCAAUUUUCGUGUACUCUGAACACAGACUCUAAUAGCUUUUAUGACCUAGAGUCAGCAGCGCUAACACUUUCAUUGGCUUGUGAAUGGUGGAAUGAGAGUUUAAUUUCCAAAAAGGAGUAGUAGUGUACUUAAAACUCGCAAUGCAUCUCUAUUAACCGAAAUAUUUCGGAGGAGUAGUCUCUUUCUUGGUUUCUUUUAGAUUGCCGUGGCUCGGCUUAUCUCGAGCUACUGUAUGAGCAAUGUGCAUAUGUGAGUCAAUGCUGUUCCAAAUGAUAGAUUGGAACUGCUAAAGCAUUUCCGUUCAGUGGUGUAGCAGUUUCUCAUUUUCUGGUGCACACAAGAUUUUUCCUGCUCCUUGUUGGAGAUUAAUAAGAAUCGGGAGUGGCGGUAGGUCAACGUCGGCCACCUUCACUCACAGUCAAUAGAGUGGGAAGCUAAGCAGGGCUGUUAGUCACUGUCUCUCCCUGGAUAUUCUCCACACAGCUCAUCUCGUGGAAAAAUGCACCUUCUUAUCGGCCGCCACACAAAAUGGAGUGCCACAGGCGGUGCUGUGUACGGUUUCGUGAGCCUGUUUUGUUCCAGUUACACUUUCGUAUUCUUGGCAGAGUGGGUGCACUUCCAAUUUCUUGAGUUGUGCCAUGGUAAUGCCACCUGUAGUGUGCUGGGCCUCUGUUGACAUUGGCAUAGUAAUAGCACAUUUCUUCGGGCAAUGAUAUGGCAACAAGGCUGAUAAUAUCCUUCCAUUGCAUUCUUGAUGUGUUUUGCCUUGGCGCUCGGUGAAUCACCAUCCACUCAGAGCCACUCGCUAAAAUGACAAGAAAGAAUGUCAAAGACUCUAACAAUCUAUUUCAGCGUUGAGUAGGCCGGCCACUGUGGUAUUGGUUUCCUUGCCACCAGCGUUCAAUCAAUGUUUCCUGCUUCUCUUUAAAAAUAAAUCAUUAUGUGGCUCUG